CUGUCCCACCAUGUCCCACCAACCACUUGGUUGCCUGGCUGAAAAGGGGGACAGCCCCAGUGAGGCCACCGGAAAUGGACCCCCCAACCUGGCUCACCCCAACCUGGCCACGUUCACACCUGAGCAGUUGCUGCAGCAGUUGAAGGAGCUGCUGACGGAGAAUCAUCAGCUGAAAGAAGCCAUGAAGCUGAAUAACCAAGCCAUGAAAGGACGGUUCGAGGAGCUCUCUGCCUGGACAGAGAAACAGAAAGAGGAGCGGCUCUUCUUUGAGAGCCAGUAUAGAGAAGCCAAAGAGCGCUUACUGGCUCUGAGUCAAGAAAAUGAGAAUUUGAAGGAAGAAAUUAGAAAACUGAAAGGGAGAACUGAAAGAUCAUUGGAGGACCCCUCCCGGGACCCCAAGGUGCUCAAAGCUGAUGUGGAGCCUGAAGUGGAGCAGCUGCGGACACAGGUGAUCCGGCUGCAGGCAGAGAAAGCCGAUCUACUGGGCAUUGUGUCUGAGUUGCAGCUGCAGAUCAGCGCUGGCUGUGGCACCUCCGAGGACUCCUUCGUGGAGAUCAGGAUGAUGGAAGGGGGCGAUGAUGUGGCCACGAAAGACCUGAAGCCGAACCCAGGACCACCCGGAGUGGAUUCAAUGGACACGAGUAUAUCAGUUGAAGGACCCAGAAAUUAUGCAGAAUCUGAGGAAUUAACUGUGAGUCAGCUCCUCCUCUGUCUGAGAGAAGGGAACCAGAAGGUGGAGAAACUUGAAACUUCGCUCAAGGAAGCCAAUGAAAGAAUUUCCUAUUUUGAAAAACAAGCCAGUGAUCAUGCUGAGACCGAGACCCAGACAGAGGGGAGUAUAGCGCAAGAGAAAGAAGAAGACAAGAGCCCAGAGAGUGUGGGGAGCGAAGUGGAAACGUUGAGUCUGCAGGUGACAAACCUAUUUAAGGAGCUUCAGGAGGCUCACACAAAACUCAGCGAAGCAGAGCUCAUGAAGAAGCGGCUGCAGGAAAAAUGUCAGGCCCUGGAGAGGAAAAACUCUGCAAGCCCAUCAGAGCUAAAUGAAAAGCAAGAGCUCAUCUAUAAGAACCAAAAGUUAGAGCUCCAGGUGGAAAGCAUGCGAUCGGAAAUCAAAAUGGAGCAAGCCAAAACAGAAGAUGAAAAGUCCAAACUGACGGCUCUACAGAUGGCACACAGCAACCUGAUUCAGGAGUACAACCAGGCACUGAAAACGAUUGAGGAGCUGAGGAGAAAAGAGUCAGAAAAGGUGGAGAAGGUGGUGGUUCAGGAGCUGCAGGAGAAGCUGGAGUUGGCGGAGAAGGCCUUGGCCACCAAACAGCUGCAGAUGGAUGAGAUGAAGCAGACCAUCGCCCGUCAGGAGGAGAGCCUGGAGACCAUGGGCGUGCUCCGGGCUCAGAUGGAGGUUUACUGUUCGGACUUUCAUGCUGAAAGGGCUGCAAGAGAGAAGAUUCACGAAGAGAAGGAGCAGCUGGCUUUGCAGCUGGCCCUUCUGCUGAAAGAGAACGAUACCUUUGAGGACAGCAGCAGGCAGACCCUGAUGGAGAUGCAGAGCCGCCAUGGGGCCAGAACCAGCGACUCGGAACCACAGGCCUACCUGGUGCAGAGAGGAGCUGAGGACCGAAACUGGCAGCCACCACAGCUGACUAUCCACUCAUGCCCAAAGUGUGGAGAGGUUCUCCCCGACAUAGACACGCUGCAGAUCCACGUGAUGGACUGCAUCAUCUAGUGGGGCCCACCCAUGCUUUCCUCCCAGAGUUCUGUGUAUGAUACGUGUUUCACUCUAACAAUGUUUGUUUUAGAAGAAAGGAAAAGUGUGUUUGAUAUGUUUGUGUGGAUUUCCAUCUACUGUCAAUAAACUCACUGUUAGCUUCUGUGGCUAUAUACACAGUGACCUGUCCACACUGGGACUCAGGAACAAGCCAUCCGGGGACAGACUCCAGAGCACCAGGUGGACUCAGCUGCACAUGCGCUUUAAAUACCUCUUCAGGAGGCAGGUGAAAUGAAGUGGUGGCAGAUGGAAUCAAGAAUAUAUCAAGCAUUAUUUUAUAUGUCAAUUGUCUUUGUCUGUUCAAGGCAGAUCCAGUAGGAUGUAUGUCCUGUGUUUAUGUUGUGAUUGUGUUGUGUCACCACCAUGUUGUGCUCUCCUAAGGGCACUGGAAGCUGCAGUUGUGGGUGGGACAGCUGGAGUGAGAGAUGCUGCAAGUAGAAGGAGCUCACACAGCCAGCCAGUAUCAGAGGACUUUGGCUCUUUGUUUGUGCUGCUGAUGUAUAGACUUGUGUACAGUAUAUAGUUUAUUAAUCCUGAAAAGGCUGUUCUUAUUUUCUUCCUGGGUCAGACUGUAUAUUCAUAAUUACAGAAAAUAGUUGUUGCAGAAUAAAAUUUGGCUUAGGAUCUUUCA